AUCUUAACCAACCAAUAAACGGGUCAGAGAGCGCAGCGCAGGUAAACAAUGUUCCCAGGUUUGUCAGGGAGCCGUGGGCUGCUGUCUCUCCGGCGGAGCCUCAUUCACAGCCGCUACGUCAGCUUAGAAAACACCGCCAGGAAGGCUGCAGUGAGCAGGGUUCUGUCUGAGUUUAGAUCUAUAUGUGGGGAGGAGGGCGUCUCGCUUGGCGAAGCCGUCAGAGAGCAGCAUGGUAAAGAUGAAUCGGUACACAGAUGUCGACCCCCAGAUGUGGUGGUGUUCCCACGCUGUGUGGAGGAGGUCAGUGCUCUGGCAAAAGUCUGCCACGACCACAACCUUCCCAUCAUCCCUUUCGGCACCGGGACCGGUUUGGAAGGAGGAGUCGGUGCUGUGAAAGGCGGCGUGUGCUUCAGUUUGAGAAACAUGGAUCAGAUCCUGGACCUUCACCCAGAGGACUUUGAUGUGACCGUUGAGCCUGGUGUGACCAGAAAAGCCCUUAACGCCUACCUACGAGACACAGGCCUCUGGUUUCCUGUAGAUCCUGGAGCCGAUGCUUCCCUGUGUGGCAUGGCUGCCACCAGUGCCUCUGGGACUAACGCCGUGCGUUAUGGGACCAUGAGAGAAAACGUCAUGAACCUGGAGGUGGUUUUGUCCGAUGGAACGGUCAUACAUACGGCCGGGAAAGGCAGGCGUCCCAGGAAAACCUCUGCAGGAUACAAUCUGACAAACCUGUUUGUGGGCUCAGAGGGCACAUUGGGGAUUAUUACCAAGACGACGUUACGGCUGUACGGCAUCCCAGAGGCCAUGGUGUCGGCUGUCUGCUCUUUUCCUUCAGUACAGGCUGCUGUAGACAGCACCGUGCAGAUCCUACAGGCUGGAGUCCCCAUCGCCCGCAUCGAGUUUCUGGAUGAUGUGAUGAUCGAUGCGUGCAACAAGUUCAGCUCCCUGUCCUACCCGGUCACCCCGACUCUGUUCCUAGAGUUUCACGGAUCAGAACGCAGCCUGGAAGAACAAGUCACCACAGCGGAGGAGAUCACGCAGAGCAAUGAAGGCUCCGACUUCCAGUGGGCUCGAGAUGCAGAGACGAGGAACCGGCUGUGGAAAGCUCGUCAUGAUGCCUGGUACGCCGCGCAGGCGCUCAGGCCGGGCUGCAAGGCUUAUUCUACAGAUGUGUGCGUCCCUCUGUCAGAACUCCCCCGGAUUAUCGUGGAGACAAAGAAAGACCUGCUGGAGAGCAAGCUGACUGGUCCUAUAGCUGGGCAUGUUGGUGAUGGCAACUUCCACUGUCUGAUGGUUGUGGAUCCAAAUGACUCAGAUGAGCUGCAGCGGGUCCACCUGUUCACAGAGAGGCUGGCCAGGCGUGCAUUGGCCAUGGACGGCACAUGUACAGGAGAGCAUGGCGUUGGUUUGGGAAAGAGGGCGCUGCUAUGUGAGGAGGUGGGACCUCUGGCCAUGCAGGUCAUGCAGGGACUCAAGGAGAGUCUGGACCCAAAGAACCUGAUGAAUCCUGGGAAAGUCCUUCUCAAAGGAGAGUCGUAAACUGAACUCUCCUCACAGAGAGAUUAGAGCAUAACACACGAAUGCAGUGAAAAUCCCUUAGGUUGUUAUUGUUCUCCAUCAGAAAGAAAAAAAAAAAGAAUAGCAUUUGUUUCCACCAUAGUUUCUGUUUGAUGCACCUGGAAAAAAUAAAAUAUAGCAGCUGAUUUUAUUUUUAAUUACUUGAAAUAAUGGAAAUGUGUCAAAGUAAUCUUUAGUUUUUAGCCUGAUUGUACUAAUUUUGCUACAGCCUUACCAGUAUGUGUAAUCUAUUAUUGUAUUUGUGAAUAAAUUUUAUUU